AAUUGUGAAUUUGCGGUUGUAAACAAUAAAAUGUAAACAAUCUUUCUUGGUUGUUAAAUAUCAAAUUCUUUAUAGAAACAUUUAACAAAAGUGCAACCUAAUGCAUUAAGUGCCCACAUCAAUAAACAAUGGGCGUAGAUAUAGACAUACUGGAACACUGCAAAAAAGUAAGGGCCGACCAUGGGCCCCCAUAUGCUUGUCCCAUUGAAAAAUGUGGAAGGAGCUAUAAAACUGUUUGUGGUCUUCAAUAUCACUUAAAAAGUUAUAACCAUGAUAACCCAACCCCACCGACCCCAAGCAAAGCAACCCCAGCCACUCCAAAGAACAAGAAAGGCAGAAAAGGCCCCAAAGCUUCUGCCAUAUCCACACCAGCAGCGGCACUUGUCACUGCUCCGGAGCCACUGACAUUUGAGGAGGCCCAGAAGAUGGUGCAGUUUGAAAUCGAUGGUGUGGUAUGCAGGUGGAAUAUUGAUGAUCCUUUAGAAGUUAUCGCAAAAGAAGACACUCCUCCGCCAGAGGGAGCAAAAACCGAAGGUGAUUCAAAAGACGACCAGCCAAUAGUAACGCCAAUACCCAGUGCAAUUACCCCCUCAUUACUAGUAAUUCAGCUACCAGAAGCCAACUAUAAAGAACUGGAAGACUAUAAUAUAUGUGAUGCACCACCUAGGCCCAAUGCUUACAUAAGAUUCAUUGAGAAGAGUACAGAAGAACUAGAUGGUGAGGUGGAGUACGAUGUGGAUGAGGAAGAUACUGCUUGGCUUGGUAUCAUGAAUGAAAGAAGGGAAGCCCAGGGCUUACCACCAGUUAGUGUUGACUCUCUAGAACUCUUGAUGGAUAGACUUGAAAAAGAGUCGUACUUUCAGGCGGCAGUAAAUGGACAUUCGAGCGGAGCAGUGGUGGACGACGACGCAGUCUGCUGUAUCUGUAUGGACGGCGAGUGUCAAAACACAAACGUCAUUUUGUUUUGUGACAUGUGUAACUUAGCUGUCCAUCAGGACUGCUAUGGGGUCCCUUAUAUUCCCGAGGGACAGUGGUUAUGCAGAAGAUGUUUACAGUCACCUAGUAGACCAGUUGACUGUGUCCUGUGUCCGAACCAAGGGGGAGCUUUUAAACAAACCGACAAAGGGACCUGGGCGCAUGUGGUCUGUGCCUUGUGGAUCCCAGAGGUUAGGUUUGCUAAUACAGUCUUUUUAGAACCUAUUGAUUCCAUAGAAACUAUUCCAGCGGCUAGAUGGCGUCUGUCCUGUUACGUUUGUAAGCAAAAAGGAGUAGGUGCUUGCAUACAGUGUCACAGGAAUUCGUGUUAUGCGGCUUUUCAUGUGACUUGCGCACAACAGGCCGGGCUUUAUAUGAGAAUGGACGCUGUCAAAGGUAAAGAAGUAGCAGGUCAGCCAGUCCUAGUACAAAAAAUCGCGUUCUGUGACACACAUGCACCUCCGGAAGAAAAAUUCGAGAAAGGAGAUAAAAAAGAAGAUGCCAGAAAAAAAAUGAUUCAAGCAAGAAAGGUUUUGGCCAAAAAACGUACUUGUGCCCCAGUAAUUCUAAUGCCAACGAUUCCCCCAGAACGAAUUCAAGAAAUAGCUUCGUUGGUCACCAUAACGAAAAAAUCUCAAUUUAUUCAACGUCUAAUCGCCUAUUGGACUCUAAAAAGGCAGUAUCGAAAUGGUGUGCCUUUGUUGAGGAGACUACAAAGUGCCCAGGGUGGAACAAGAGACUCAAACACAAGCAACGUAGACACAAUAGAGCUCUGCAGGCAACUCAAAUACUGGCAAUGCUUGAGGCAAGAUUUGGAGAGAGCGAGGCUGCUAUGCGAGUUAGUAAGAAAACGUGAAAAAAUGAAACUGGAAUACACCAGAACGUGCGAGAAAAUCGUCCAAGUCAAACUGAAACCUUUACAAGCAUGUUUGGGCAAAGUUUUGGACCUUAUCGAGGCGAAAGAUACUAAUGAAAUAUUUAUUGAGCCUGUCGAUUUAGAAGAAGUGCCGGAUUAUACCACAGUAGUGACCGAACCAAUGGACUUAAGUACGAUGCGACAAAAACAGAAGGACGGCUUGUAUGCAGAUUUGGCCGCUUUGGAAAAAGAUUUUGAUUUAAUGAUUGCCAAUUGCUUGGCUUAUAACAAUAAGGAUACGGUCUUUUAUAAAGCUGGGAUUAAAAUGCGAGACCAAUGCGGGUUCAUAUUCCGACAAGCUAAAAAAGAACUUGAAUCAGCCGGUCUACUUAAGAAAGACAAGAAUACAACAAAAGGGUCGACAGGUGCAACCGAUGAAUCCCUCGCAUCUGAUAUUGAUAAGGAACUAGAAAGUUUACAGGGCAAAUCGGGACCAGAAGUUAUCCAAAAACUAGAAGAUCUUCUUGCCAAAAGCCAAGCGUUAAAACACGGACUCGCUAGAGCAAAAAGGGUGAAAAUUGUGAGGAGCGAAUUAGUAAAGGCGAGGAAAAAUAUAGGCAAAGAGAGUCAAAAAGAUGAAAAAGCUGAAAUAGAAUCGCAGCCUACGAGCCAAAGUGAACUGGAAACGGAACAUACAGACCAAACAGAUGUGGCUUCGCAGUCGGAUGGUGAUGGGGAUGAAAAUAGCAGCAUAAACUCUACCCUAGAUGGUUCUUCGGCUGGCGGUGUUAAUAGGAGAACAACAGUUUUAUUUUCGAAGAAGGGCUCGGCAUCUGGGAAGAAAGAGGAGGAUAAAGAAAAAAGUGAAACCGAUUUGCCUUUUGCUACCCCAAAAGGAAAAAAUAAAGGACGUGGUAGAAAACGCACUCCCGGCAACGUACCCAAAACCAUGGACCCUAGUAACUUAACCAAAGAUCAGUCAGACGUUCCGGACAGUUUUAAAAUUUACCGUGGAGGUAAACAGACCACCGAUGACGAAAAAAGCGACAGCGACAACUCCUUAUCCACCUGUUAUUCCCACGAUCCGAGCGAAAUAGAAAGCGACGAGGAGGACGAGGAUAGCGACAUUGCAGAGUCCGGAAUCGAAAAGGUUUUGCAACCGUUACAGUUGGUAUGGGCCAAGUGUCGAGGUUAUCCUUGGUAUCCUGCUCUUAUUAUUGAUCCGGGAAUUCCUAAAGGUUUUGAACAUAAGGGAGUACCUUUACCAACCCCACCGCCAGAAGUACUAAAAUUAGGGAAAAAAUGUACCGAGCACGUGUAUUUGGUAUUAUUCUUCGAUGUCAAGAGGACUUGGCAGUGGUUACCCGCCGAUAAACUCGAGCUGAUGGGCGUUGAUAAUGAAAAAGAUGAAGCCAAGGCAAAUGAGCCAAGAAAACAGUCAGACAGAAAAGCGGUUAGAAAAGCAUAUGAAAAUGCCCUUAACUACAUUCAGCAAAUAGCUGAAGCUACCGAAGCUGAAUUAAAGUUGGAAUUGCAAACUAAAAGCUGAUCUCCUUGUGCGUUUUAAUAUUGAACAGUUGAACCGAUUGCCGACCUGGGUAAAAUAUGAUAGAAAUUAAAUUGUUUAUAAGUUUUAAUUAAUUUAUUGGUUUUGGUACAAAGUGUUACAAGUAAGUAAAUAAAAAUUUAAAAUGAGA